AUGGUCGUCGGCAAGACGGUGGCCGGGUCGCACGUGCUGACCAUCGACGGGUACGCCAAAACCAUGGAAGCCGUCGGCGUCGGCGGCAGCGUCGAAUCCGGCCGGUUCAGCGUCGGAGGGCACAGCUGGUACAUCGAGUGCUUCCCGUGCAGCGAGGACGUGUCCGUCUUCCUCUGCCUCGACCACCAUGGCGCCGAGGUCGAGGCGGUGACGGCGAGGUACAAGUUCGUUCUGCUGGACCGUGCAGGAGAGGCAUUUCUAUCCGCCCGGUCUAGGCAGUUGCAGACCUUCACCAACACCUUCUCCAGCACAGACGACUCAUGGGGCGUCGACGAGAUCAUCCGGAUCACGGAGUUGCAAUCAUCGCUUCUCACGGACAACGACUACUUCCGGGUCAGGUGUGACGUUGCCAUCGUCAGGGCGGAGGCUCCUCAAGCGCAACCGCGUCUCGGCCUCGGCGACCUCCUCGCCGGCCAGCCGGCAGGCCGGGACGUGACUUUCGAGGUCGGCGGCGAGGUGUUCAUGGCGCACAGGUGCGUGCUCGCGGCCCGCUCAACGGUCUUCAUGGCCGAGCUCUUCGGCCCGGGGGGGAAGCAGCACCAGAACGCUGCCGACGACGGCUCUCGCAUACGGAUCGACGGCAUGGGGCCGAGGGUGUUCGAGGCGUUCCUCCACUUCAUCUACACCGACUCUUUUCCUGAGGUAGACGACGACGGCGGCGAUAGGGUCGCCAUGGCUCAGGGUCUGCUCGCGGCGGCGGAUCGGUACAAGUUGGAGGGGCUCAAGUCGGCCUGCGGCGACGUGCUGGGCAGCUACAUCGAUGCAACCACGGCGGUGACUACACUGCAGCUGGCUCACAAGCAUGGCUGCCACAACCUGGAGGAGGCAUGCGCCAAGUUUCUCAAGGAUGUGCUAGACGAAGUUGGUCGAGUCUAA